AGAACACGUUGACCACGGAGCUAGCGUUAGCUUGUGUUAGCUCGUGUUAGCUGCAGCAGAGCUCCAGGCUUUGUGGGGGUAGAAACCCGGCUGUAAUAAACCAAUUCCCGGACACUGUAGUGUGUAAGGGGCCGGUGAACAUGGCCAGGUACCUGCGGCCUCCUAACACGUCUCUGUUCGUCAGAAACAUCGCUGACGAGUCCAGGCCAGAGGAUAUACGACGUGAGUUUGGUCGUUAUGGGCCUAUUGUAGAUGUCUACCUUCCGCUUGACUUCUAUACUCGACGGCCGAGAGGAUUUGCUUACAUUCAGUUUGAAGAUGUCCGCGACGCAGAAGACGCGCUUCACAACCUGGACCGUAAAUGGGUUAGUGGACGACAGAUCGAGAUUCAAUUUGCUCAAGGAGACCGCAAGACACCUAACCAGAUGAAGACGAAGGAGCGCAGUUCCCCUCGCAGCUCCUCCUCUCGCCAUGAGGACGAGCGGGACAGCCGCCGCCGCCGCUCCCGGAGCCGCAGUUACGAUCGGCGCAGGUCCCGGAGCCCCUCCUACGACCGCCGGCCUCGGAGGUCGGAGAGCCCUCGAGAAUCUCGGUCCUACAGUCGACACAGACGGAGCCGAAGCCAAGAAAAUGACAAGUACAGAGGUCCACCCCGUGAUCACCACAGAGCACACCAUGAGCGAGGGUCACGCAGCCGCUCUGGGUCCCCCUCCGCCUCCAAAUCCAGGCCUAAAGUUAAAAAGAGCCAGUCCAGGUCCCACAGCCCGGCUGAGGCUUUCCACCCAAACUCCGGCUCCCAGAAACAAUCGGUGGGACGCUCUCCAUCCCGCUCCUACUCUAGAUCCCUGUCUCGGUCACGCUCUCGCUCCAGAUCCUGGGCUGGACGCAAGUCUGGUGGUCACUAAUUCUCUGGCCUGCCAAAGCCCUUGAGGAUGUUACUCUUCAACUUAUGAUAACUACAGUGUUAUGCUCUUUAUUUGAAUUUGAUUAUCAUCACAUUAUAGAAGGGGCUGUUGCCAAAUGAAAGCGCAGUAGCAACAGCUUGGAUGUUAUUUUUAUGCUUAGUGAAAACUGUUCUUGUUUUAAAGUAAUUCAUGAAACCACAGGCCAGGUUGAGUUACUUAGACGUGUGUAAUGUUGGAUGUUGAAGGGUAAGAUAAUGUCAUGGGUACUAUCAUUUUUUUUUUUACUUUGAGUAUGCAAAACAUACCAUAAUAUUCUUGUUAAUAUGCCUGUUUCCAUUUGGUGUGUUAUGUAAAGGCAUAAAAAACUCAAUUAAUCUUCUGGCCAGUGUUACCAAUGUGUUUAAGUAAUCCAACCCCACUUGUCUGGAUUCAGGGGCCCUGAUGCAGUGGAAUAGUUGUUGGCUGCUGUGGCAGUGGAUUAUGAAUGGGAUGUGGCCAGUUUCUUCUUGUUACUGUGUCCAGUACUCUAUAAUUUAACAAUAUGUAAAAGACAUACUUCAUUCUGAUGUACUAUGAUCAGUGACUUCACGUGUCCCAUAGACCUGUUCUUGUUUUAAUGGUUAUACUUUGUGUUUAACCAAUAAAAACCUACAAAAAUGAA